GCGCUGCCCGGCGCGGGGCCUGCCGGGAAGGGGGCGGUGCGCCUCGGCCUCGCAGCCUGAGCGGCGGCCGUGCCGCCAUGUCCGCGGGCAGCAGCGCCGGCGAGUGGUGCCUCAUGGAGAGCGACCCGGGCGUCUUCACCGAGCUCAUCAAGGGCUUCGGCUGUAGAGGAGCCCAAGUUGAAGAAAUAUGGAGUUUGGAGCCAGAGAAUUUUGAAAAGUUGAAGCCAGUACAUGGGCUGAUUUUUCUCUUCAAGUGGCAGCCUGGAGAGGAGCCAGCGGGUUCUGUUGUGCAGGAUUCCAGACUGGAUACAAUAUUUUUUGCUAAGCAGGUCAUAAAUAAUGCCUGUGCAACCCAAGCCAUAGUAAGCGUGCUGUUAAACUGUGCUCAUCAGGACAUUCAUCUAGGGGAGACGUUGUCAGAAUUUAAAGAAUUUUCCCAAAGCUUUGAUGCUGCGAUGAAAGGUUUGGCACUGAGCAACUCAGAAGUGAUUCGGCAAGUUCACAACAGUUUUGCCAGACAACAGAUGUUUGAGUUUGAUGCAAAGUCUUCAGCAAAGGAAGAAGAUGCCUUUCACUUUGUAAGCUAUGUUCCUGUUAAUGGGAGGCUAUAUGAGCUAGAUGGCUUAAGGGAAGGACCAAUUGAUUUAGGUGCAUGCCACCAGGAUGACUGGAUAAGUGCAGUGCGGCCCGUCAUAGAGAAGCGCAUACAAAAGUAUAGUGAAGGUGAGAUAAGGUUUAACCUGAUGGCUAUUGUGUCUGACAGGAAGAUGAUAUAUGAGCAGAGGAUUGCAGAGCUACAGCAGCAGCUGGCAGAGGAGGAGCCUAUGGAUACAGAUCAAAGUAGUAAUAUGUUAAGUUCUAUACAAUCAGAAGUUGCAAAAUACCAGAUGUUAAUUGAAGAAGAGAACCAAAAAUUAAAAAGAUAUAAGAUUGAAAAUAUUAGAAGAAAACAUAACUACCUUCCUUUCAUCAUGGAAUUGCUAAAGACUCUAGCAGAGCACCAGCAGUUAAUACCAUUAGUAGAAAAAGCAAAAGAAAAACAGAAUGCCAAGAAAGCUCAGGAGGCCAAAUGAAGACGAGUUUGCAAAACACAUACAGUUACUUGCUUCUGAUCCUAUUUUCAUGACAACAAAUAAAACUUUUCAUAAACUUCAAUUUUUGUCCGGUGCACGUUUGCCAGCUGUAA